UUCAUUCGCACUCCUUGGCCCGUGUUGUUCUCCCCUAGCCUGGUUCGAUUGGUCGGCUCACAAUAGAUAAAUUAACAUUAUUUUCGUUGGAGCUUACAAGACGUUCCGAAGAGCGCACACGACAACUUGGUCGACGGACCGUUGAUAUGGAUAUGAGUUUGAAGAAAUGAUGUAUACUCUUGUAAUAUUGACUUUGGUUGUCUACGGUAUUUUAUUCCAUGUCUACGAAGCUCCCUUUUGGUAGUGAAAUAUGUACGGGUUUCUGUAAUAUCUAAAUAAUAUUAAUACAUAAGAAUGAGACAUAGCACGAGCGGUACGAGUGACAAAUUAAUCCAAUUGUCAGCAGCGCUGCAUCAUAUUUCCUGGAAUUCUUUCAUGUAAGUAAACAUGUUUAUUCCUUGAGGUCACCUACAAUUGGUUCACGGCCACGUUACGCACAUAAACUGAGUGUUCAUUGGCUUGCCAAAAUUAGGAACAACAUAACACUGAUGGUUCGAAACGGCCAGUUACUUUGUAGCAUUCCAACGUACACAACGUGUCCACGACGCAAAACCGUGCAACGAAUGAAAUGAAUGUUCGCUCUUCGUCAAACAUGGAGUUGAUCCACCAGCAUCGUGUCGAUUCGGAAAAGAUUGUGGCGAACGCUGAACCGAAAACCCUAAUGAGCCAUGACUCUGACGCUCGGCCUAUCACAUGUACAUCGCUGGGCCCUGCUGGCACUCGUCGGGCAAAGAAUGAAUCUGGACGGAGCCCGGUAAAGGCGCAAUCUCCUGCGACUCCGUAUCAACUGGAUCAUAUGAUCGCCUACCUCGAACGGAAUCCUCACAUUGCCCUGAGGAAAUUUCGAACGCCGGGCAGUUCGCACGAUCCCUCAGCUUCGUGGGAGCAGUUGGCAGAAGAAUUGAACGCGUUGUGGAAAAACGGUUCACCCAAAGAUACCAAGAAAUGGAAAAACGUGUGGUACGACCAGAGGAACGCAGCGGUGCGUAAAAUAAAGAAUAUCCAUCAAGUUGGAACUUCCAAUGAGAGGUCUCAUUUGCGUCUUCAGAAAUUGAACGUUCGGGAGAAAAGAAUUUUAGCUCUCUUGAAAUAUAGCGACGAUCACGACGUCAGAAAAGAAAUUCUACAUACCGCAGAGAAAGAGUUGGUAAAUGUACUCCCGGAGAGCGGGCUUCAAAAGGAUUUAAAAAAAAGGACCAAAAGACGGAAGUAUUCCCUCGGGGAUGCAGAGCACCAGAAGCGACAUCGAGAACAAUUAUACUGAUCAGGAGUUGCUCGACAUUCUGGAAGGGUUCGAGAACACCGAGUUGGGUAGCAUCAUGCUGAACGAAUGGCCGACAGCGGGGCUAGUGCCACUUUCACCAUUGGAAGUUGAAGCUAAUCUACCCGAUACCCGUAAAUCUCCGAGCAAGCGAGAACCAUCAUUUGCCCCGGCUCCGGAAGUUACAGAACUUGCCUCAAAUCCUGUUCCUCCAACGGACCAGGAUUCGUCGUUUGCAGCUCUGGAAGUUACGGAACCUGUCCGGAAACCUCUUCUCCUUCGUACGAGAAGUUCAUCUUCCGCAGCGAUAGGAGGUACAGGCCCUGCCUCGAAACUUAGUUUUCAAACGACAGGAAAUUCAUUGGAUGCAGCGUUGGACGCCAUGGAAGAAAACGAAAGAGUUACGGAACCCGUGGCCCUGAAACCUCUUUCUCUAAAAGUACAAAAUUGACAGUAUAAACCUGUGGAACAUACUGACUCAACCCCAGAACCACUUCCUCCAAAGGAAAGAAAUCCAUGGCCUGCACCUACGGUAAUAGAAGCAGGCACUUCUUCAGAACGCUCUCAAUCUCUGCAUCAAGAAGAAUCAUCGUGUACAGCGGCUGUGAAUGAAGCAGCUGCUGUAGCUAAGCCCGGUUGUCCUUUGAGCUCUCAAGAAUCGACUUCUGCUGUUCAAAAGUCACCAGAACCGGAGCCAUCAAGCUCGAGACAAAAGUUGCAUCAACAACCGUGCUACGGUCGUCCGAGAAAGAUUCAGAAAGUCGCAAAGAAUCGUAAGAUUUUUCACAGCCCCUCCCCUCCCCCCCUAUAUUACGUAAUUUUUAUUAAAAAGAAAAUAUCGCACGUUUUUCGAUUGUUAUUUAUAUGUUUAUUUAAGUAUAAAUAUAAAUAAAAAAUACAACAUAAUAUUAAUCAAUCAGUUGACCAUGAAUUUUUUAGCCAUUCUUCCAUUGAUUCAAUUACUGGCAUAAAUGAAUCUGUUUUGCAAGUAUCAUGUCGGCGAUCAACGCAAUAUUGCACGUCCUCUAUUCCAAUCUCACUUUCUGAACACCAAUCAGAAUGCUUGCAACCUGUAUUUUCUUUAAAUAUAGCAUCUAAAUCGUAUUCCUUAAAAUGUUUUAUCGCAGAUGCGAUUACUUUUGGACUUUUUAGAAGAUCCGUGCCCGAAACAUUACACCCUCUUAGUGGACGUAUGAGGGAAAAAUAAGAUGCUAAGCGAUAUACUUGGGCAAACAUUUUUGGAUCGGGAUGAUCAUUUCCUCCACAAGAAUAU